CUGGGGGCGGCCGGGUCGGCCCUCGCCGGGAUCCCAUUCCUCCUCCCUCGGUGCAUGGUCGCGGCGGGAGCGGAGGAGGGUGAGCCCGGCGGGGCGCGGGCCGGAGGCGGCGGUGAGAGCGGAGCCCCAGCGCGGAGGAGCCGCCUCUGCCCGGCAGAGGUAUUGCCAGGCAUCUGAAGUGGUUGACUAAGACCUAAGGACUUGGAACAGUGGUGUGUGAUGUCAAACAGUGGGCAGUCCUUGUAGCCUCCCCCACCAGCCUUCAGUGUCAUGUGCCAGUAUGAAUAUUAAGAAAGAGAAGCAUACUUCAGAGCUCAGCAUCCCGGAAAGAAAAAAGAAGGAACUAAGCAGAGAGAGCAAAUGAUUGUACUGCUUGCAAAACUUGAGGCUGUUCACUUUUUCUCCUGAGAAGCUUCAUCUUGGCCUUUGUGGGAGAGUCAAGAAAGUAGGCAGAGCAGCCACAGUGAUUUUCUUUUUCCCUUUUUAAUUUAAUUUUUUCUCCCUUGUGUCUGGAUUUUAAGUGUGCUGCACUGAUCACAAGCACUGGACAUCAAUAUGUGUCAUGUCAUUGUAACGUGUCGGUCGAUGCUAUGGACUCUCCUGAGUAUUGUGGUGGCUUUUGCAGAGCUCAUUGCCUUCAUGAGUGCAGACUGGCUGAUUGGCAAGGCAAAACCUUCAAGCUCCGAGGAGGUGGACAACAGAACGGGGGGAUCACAGGAGCCCUACCGACCAACGCUGGGCAUCUACGGGCGCUGCACCAGGAUUUCCCACAUGCAGUUCUCUAGACGAGACACACUUUGUGGUCCUUACGCUGAAAACUUCAGUGAGAUUGCCAGUGGGUUCUGGCAGGCAACCGCUAUUUUCCUAGCCAUGGGAAUCAUGAUUCUCUGCACUGUGGCAUUCGUGUCUGUCUUUACUAUGUGUGUGCAGAGCAUUAUGAAGAAAAGCAUUUUUAACGUCUGUGGGCUGCUACAAGGGAUUGCAGGGCUCUUCCUUAUCUUAGGCUUGAUACUUUACCCUGCAGGUUGGGGAUGCCAGAAGGCGAUAAGCUAUUGUGGACCUUAUGCUUCUGCUUACAAACUAGGAGACUGCUCCUUGGGCUGGGCUUUCUACACAGCUAUCGGCGGCACUGUUCUGACGUUCAUCUGUGCAGUCUUCUCGGCGCAAGCUGAAAUAGCCACAUCCAGUGACAAAGUGCAAGAAGAAAUAGAAGAAGGAAAAAACCUUAUCUGCCUCCUUUAACUCCAGUGGGGGAAAAUAACGGCACCUGGAUCUUUAUCUGCUUUCCAUUGACUGGACAAGCAGAUCCAUUUACCUGUUUUUACCAUUAGUGUGAUUGAGCCCCAUGCAUUCCAGCCGUGAACUACUGAAAGGGUCUUUAUUCUUUGCUGGGCAAUGAGGAUCAGAGAAAGGAUCCCAAGAAAGCAGAAUGUAAAUACUUGGGGAUAUUUUUAGUUUCAUUCUGUGAUCAGGACACAGUGGAAUAUAUUAAUCCAACUGGGGAUGUGAGUAAUCAAUCACAUGUAUAUAGCAGGAAUGUUGUUAAAACUGACACAUUCUGAUUGAUCGGAUUGUCUAACCCACCUUGGUCACUUUGAAGAAUUUGAGUUUAAAAUAAUAAAAGCCAGCACGUUUUUUUUUCUCUUCUUAAGCAAAAGAGAAGCCUAUUUUAAUGAGGCUGGAUUUCCAAGGGCUCCCCUCAUUGGUGAAUAUUUCUUCACCAUCACCUGGUUUAGUACCAUUUUCAUGGAGGUGCUUUUUGGUACUGAACUUCCUAGAAGUACAGUGCCUUCUUGGAUAUUAACUUUAUAUUGGAGAGAGCAAAACUGAUGUUUACACCAAUCUUUAGGCAUUUAGAAAGUGAAGUGCCUGCCAGCUUUCUCUCUCUUGAAACUUUAGAGCACAAGGUGCGUGCAGCUUUUUACUUAGCAGGUAAAUAUUGUUUCCGCUGACUAGACAGAGAAGCUGUUGUUAGACUGGCUCUCACAUGAUUCAGAUAAAAUGGAAAUAUUUCUACAGCCUUUAUUAGAACAUGAAAUCCCAAGCAGACAACAGCUCCCCACAGUAUCAGCCUUACCUGGGCUGCAGUCUCUCCUACAAUAGUGGAUUUCACACUGUACUUCAACAGUGUUACUUUUUCUCUGGUCAGUGAUACAUCAUUCCCAGUCUACAGAUCAGUCUGUCUCAUGACCCACAGGCAAAUGAGUCUUUAGGAAAUUUAAAUUUUUCAGAAAGCCGUGACAAAUUCUAUAUGGCUGGGAAGAAUUUUUUUCCUUUUUUUUUUUUAAAUUCUUUUUUUUUUAAUUUUUUUUUAUUUUUUUUGUGUAUGUGUAGUAGUAGACCUUUUUCUAACUAAAUCAGCAGAAAUUAAACAGACCUUGCCACAAAUGCCAUUUUUUUCUCAAAGCCAGCUGGUUGUGUUAUUUGUGGUGUUGCCUCACUUACCAGAACUACUUCUGAUAGCAAGUUUGUAAGGUAUUGUAACAAAUACAGGAAUGAUUCAAAUGUGCCAUAGGAGCAUUGGGGAUAAUUCAUCCAAGAAGUAGUUCUAAUUAAAUACUAGAUGAAUUUUAUAUUGCUUUUCUUAUUUCUUGGUAGUUUAACAUCAUCCAGGGACAGUGUUGCUUCACUAUUACACAAAGCAGAGAUCCUUGUUUUUGCCUGGCCAGUCCUUUAAAAUGUGCCAUUAUUAUUAAAAAAAAUUGUUGUUACUGUCCAGGUAGGUAGCUGCUUUUAAUGCACUGCUGACAUGCACAAGUGCUGUUCAGCAGUCCUGACAGUGGGCCCAGGACAGCCUGGAGGUCCUGGAGGUGAACAGUCAUGGAGCUGGGUUCCCAUCCAGCAUCUGCUGCCCACCACAGACACAGAGCAGCUCCCAGCCUGCGCCUCUGCCUGCAGCCUGCGUGCUGGACACAGGUGACCUCUGAGACGCAGUGCAACAAGGUCAGCUUCUGCCUGUAUUCAAAAAGGGUUUUAACCUAGCCUCUUGCAUUCACCUGCUCCUGCAACCCACAUCCACCAUCUUCUACUUUAAAACUCACUGUUCCUUUAAAUACUGAAUUUAAAUCCCCUCCAAAAGUUACUGUCAGGGACCAACUGCCUGCACAAACCAAGAUUUUAAUAAAGCAAAAUUGCCAGCACAACGUGGUGCCCGAGGGUGAAAAUCACAGCCCGCACACCCCGUCCACACCUGUGUUUGUCUUGUUGGCUUUGCCCCAAAAACACCCCAUACAUCUGAAGGACAUGUGCUGGCCUUGUAACUGGGGUCCAGCAAGGCUUUCUCCAUGCACCCCUCCUGUACCCCUGCUGGAACAGACACUGAACUUGGGACACCAGCUCAGCUCUGCCCUGUCCUUGGGAGCCCUGCUGUUGGGAAAAAGGGGACAAGCAGUUGUACGAGUACCUUAUCAAUCACCUAAAAAUGAAUUACUAAGCAGAUGUACAGUUAUAGCUUCCUUAGAUGGGUAGCAAUCCAAAGUCCAGGUAACCACUGCCAACAAGUCUUGACACAGUAUUAAGAGUGAAAAAUGCUGCUUUGGCUUAAGCACUUGAUUAGUCAGGUCAGCUCUCACAAAGGUCGAGAGGGCAUACUCUGCUCUGCCUGAGAAGUAAACAAUGAACAACCUUCAUUCAUGUUACUAGCUGACCUCUGCUGCAAUCCACAUGAUGGCUAAAAAAAUUUCAGUAAUACCUUUUGUUUAGGUUUGAUUUUUUUAAGUACAAAGGAGAGAUUUUCAGUGGCACAUACUGCUUUUGUUUGCAUUCAUAAGCAAGAAGAACCAGCUUUUCUGCUUGUUGCUGGUAUAUUAUCAGCUUGCUCUGCAACAGCAUAAUUAACUAACUUGCAAGAAUAUCCAUGUUCAUCACAUAGCACAGAUAGAAGACAAGGCUGGGAAGAAGUACAGAGGAGAAAUAGUCAGAAUUUCUUUUCUCAGGGUUCUGUUUUUCUAGCAAGUGAUAAGGUGGUAUAUAUUGAGAAUUUUUUUUUUCCCUGGAUGAGGUUUUCAGGUGCAGGGUGCACUCACUGAAUUUCACAGCUGUUUAAAUUGCUCCUGAAGUUCACCUCAGCAGUAGCUUUCAAAGGCACUUUGGGAAAGAAAAAAAGAAAAAUCAGCUUAAAGCUAAUUUAAUUGAUUUCAUGAGGGGGCUGCAGAGUGUAACUGCUUCUUAAUGUACAUGCACUGCAUAGGAUCUAGAGGAAUUUGCUGUGGAUUCUUUAAACCUGUGUGCCAAUUAGUUAAGUUUGUUUUGUGGUAUUGAAGAUUUCUUCAAACAUCUGUGGUUUCAUCAACUUAAACUUAUAUUCAAUAAAGUGCCAUAGACCAUUUUUUAAUUGUAGCAUAUUUAAAUAUAUAGAUAUAUAUACACAGACUUGUGUGAGACGUGCAAUACGAGGAAUGGGUUUUGUAGGGGUUUUUUUGGUUGUUCUGUUGUUGGGGGAGGGGGUUUUGUUUGUUGUUUAGUUUUUGGUUUUUUGUUUUUUUUUUUUAGUUUUAGUUUUUGCUUUUAAACAAGUAAUUUGAAAAGGGACUUCCCAGGGAAGAAGUGGCUGGAGUUUAGUGGUGUGGAUAUAGAGUAAUGCAGUAACACUGAUGUUGAAGAUGAAUACAACAGUAGUAACAGCAGCUUGAAGAUUUAACAAAAAUAUCUUCUAAAUUCAUUUGAAUUACUCAGAACACAGACACUUCCAGUGUGAAGCUGUGUCCACCUCUGGCCAUUAACACUCUAAUAUCUGAAAAGGGUCAGCAAGGUUUCUUAGAGUGCUUUAUUUGUAAUGUGGCACUGCAAAAAUCAUUGCUACUGAGCUAUUUCUGGGUUGUCUAUAUCACCUCUGUAUCUAUUUUACUCAAUAAAGUUCUCUGGAUUCUGAGAUAUUUUUUUUUCAGCCAAAUAAUUUCUAUUUUGUGUUGUUAUCCCCCCACUGAAGUUUCCCACAUCCUAGUGGUAAAUGCAGAGGAGUUCAGACCUUCCUUGAAAGCCAUGGGCACUGGUGCCUACACCUCAAGGAAAGGGCAGAGUCCAGCAAAAGCAGAGCAUGGCAGCAACACAUACACAGCUCCUUGGAAUAGGAAGAGCAGCUGCAGUGAUCCAGCUAGAGUAGCUUUUGAGCCAUGGUUUAUUUGUGGUACUGUUUUUCUGUUCUUGACUCACCACUAUACUUGUUAGCAUGAAUGAUGUACCUAAUGUCUUCUUUUUAAUCUAAAUUUCAAUUAAAUGUGAGUUUUUGAACUUUUAACAGGAGUCUGACUACCUUAAUACAAGCAUAUUGGACAAGUUUGAUUCAAUAGUAGCUUUAAUAGCAUUUAAGAUCCCAGUCCAGUGAUGUAUUUCAGAUUCCCAUCUGACUUAAACACUUAUUACUGCUUAUUGAUCAGAAGUAUGUGAUCUGAAAUUGUAACUAUGUGUUAAACAAUACAGUUGCAUUAAAGAGACUUUCUAAUUGAA